AUGUGUAUUUGUACACUAAUCGUAAUCCUAAUUCUACCAAUAUCAACGUCUCAAUUUAGAGUCAAUUGUAGUAGUCCAAAUAAUUACCCAUCGCAAUUUAUUGCACAGCCUGUAUUUUCUGAGUCUGAUGCCAAUUUAUCGCAAAAAAAGUAUGUCAUUGGCAUUGAAGCGCAUGUGCAAUUAUCUCUUCCAAAUAAAUUGUUUUGUAAUUGCACAACAAGUGUUAUUUAUAACCCACUUUUAGCUCGAAUUACAGAUAAAUUGAUGAAUAUUAAUCGCACAACGGUCUUUAAUGAUGAUUCGAUCGACUUCCAUGAAUAUUUCUUAAGUAAUCAUCAAGAGUUUCUAUCUAACCAUUCCAAAUAUAAUGAUUAUGAUAAUAUUCAUGAAAAAAUUGAAUCAAUACCUAACAAAAGUAUUUGUCACGUUUGCACUGGAGAACCUGGAGCUUACGGCCGUCUCAAUGCCUAUGUUAUACCAAUGGCCAUAAUUGCUGCUAAACUCUUAUAUUGUCAAAAUGUGACUAAUGAAGUGGUAUUUCACAGGAAGAUUUAUGAAUACUUUGAUUUACCAAAGCAAUACCAACUUUCGCAAUGUCAUAUUCCUAUGGCUAGUAAUGGUCACAUAAAUGUCGACGGUUAUGGAGCAGUGGCUAUUAAACAGAUUCACAUAGAAGAAGAUACUGCGAAACGAAUUAAUUCCGAUAAUAAACAACUAGACUACAAUCGAAGUGGCAUUUGCUUGCUGGAAGUUGUUACGGAUCCCAUAGAUGCUACUUCAGACCAAAUUGUUAACGUGUGUAGGGAAAUUCAACGAUUAUUUAAGUCUGCAAAGUUGAGCAAAUGUGAAAUGCAUAGGGGUAAUUUGCGUUUUGAUAUAAAUAUAUCAUCAGAUGAUUUGAAUAAUAUUGUUGAGGUUAAAAAUUUAAAUAGUUUUGAGAGAAUCAAGAUGGCAAUAGAUAAAGUAUCACAAUAUGGUAAUCAGAAAAUUUACAAUGAUAAAGACAAUGAUAAUCCAUCUGAUAAGAUGAAUCAGUUGAUACGCUAUGCUGAAACUCACUCUCCAAACAAUAAAAUUAAAAAAGAUGUCGUGACUGCGUUGUGGAAUGGCAAAGACAAUUUCAAUGUUACCAGGCCCAAGUCAAAUUACUUUUAUAUUAAAGAUUGGACCAUCUACCCUAUUAAACUUAGUAAGUUGAUAAUUGAAUCAAUUUCACAGCUCAUAAACCCCAGUGAUUAUGCUAAUACGUUACAAAAACUAGUUGUACCUUUUCAUAAAUAUCCCAAUGUUAACCCCAAUCUUCUAUCAUUUAUAUACAAAGAUCCUAUAAUAGCCAAAUAUUUUGAGGAAUGUAGUUGUAAAUGCAAUCCAGCAACACUAUCAACUUUGUUAGUGCAAGACUACAUAAGGGUUUGCAAAGCAAACAACAUCAAACCUACACAGACCAAGUUGACUAGUGAAAAAUUUAUUCAAUUAGUUAACUUGGUUGAAUGUAAAAAGAUAGAUAUUUUACAAGCUAGGGGAUCAAUAGAGACACUUUCAUUGAUAUGGGAUGGAGAAGUUGCUGAUAUAUUCAAUCUACGACGAUUUAACCUGCUAGAUACACACGACACUAAACUACUCGUGGACGAAUACAUAAACAAUUCGCCUACAAGGUUACUAAACCUGGUAACUAAUGGUCACAACUAUAUCCGGACAAUUAUUUACGAAAUUAAUCGCAUGAACGAAGGAAUUGUCGAUCCAAAAUUGGUGAUUGAUUACUGCAAUAAACUGAUAGUCAAUGUUACAAGUGGCGGAGCUGACGAUGUAAAAGAUAAUGUAGUUAGACACUAA